AUGAUUACAGUUGCUAUAGCCGGUGCCACCGGUGGCGUUGGCCGCACCAUACUGGACCACCUUGAACUUAGCAGCAACAAAUUCAAGGUCGUUGUCCUGAGCCGGAAGCCCCCAGAAGAAGCUGCGGGAUUAUCUGUGGCUGGCACAAAGUACAUUCACGUCGACUACGGCGAUGUAGAUGUACUUGCCAAGCUGCUGGGCGAGCUAGAUGUUCACACCGUUAUUUCGACGAUUGGCAUUAGCUCUGCUGAGACGAGCCGGGCUCAAUGCAACCUGAUCAAAGCUGCCGACAAGUCCAGCGCGACAAAACGCCUAAUACCCAGUGAAUACUGGGCGAAAACGGUUCCUGAGCUCUUGCCUCUGGAUCCCACCGUGCAGUGGUGGCUAGAUGCGGCCUCACUGCUCCAGUCCAGCUCCCUACAUUAUACGAGAAUAGUUUGCGGCUGGUUUAUGGACUAUUGGGGAAUGCCCAUUGUCAAGUCUCACCUAUCGGACUUCUCAUGGGGCGUAGACCUCUUUAAUCGCAGAGCGGCCAUACCAGGAGACGGUAAAAACAUUUUAAGUCUGACCCUUAUUGGUGAUGUUGCUCGAGCUGUGCUGCUACUGCUAGAGGCGGAAGAAUGGCCGGAGUGGACAUUCGCAGUCGGAGACAACGUCAGCUUCAAUGAGUUCCUGGGCAUCGCCGAAAGACUUGCAGGGUCCAAGUUCGAGCUCACCUAUGACAGUCUCCAGGAGCUGGAGAAUGGCAAGGUGACGUUGCUACCGAAGCCAGGCUCCACGGCGUGGGAGGCGUCGGCUUCGGAGACACAAGACAGAAAGGAUAUGCUGACUCUGUACGGCAAAUUUUACACCUCGGCCGUGCUGGAUCUUUCGCAAGAGUCGCCACAAUUAUCGGCAGUGUUUCCGGACUGGAACCCCAAAAAGCUGGAGAGUUUCCUCGCAGAAGUCUGGCAGGGAAGACCAUAA